AUGGCUGCAUCUAAAGUUACUCCCGAGGCUAUGGCUUUCUUUGUGAAGCAUGGAACUGGGAUUGUUUGUGUGAGCAUGAAAGAGGAAGACUUGGAAAGAUUGCAGCUUCCUCUCAUGGUAUCCCAUAAAGAAAAUGAGGAGAAACUUUGUACUGCAUUUACCGUUUCAGUGGAUGCAAAACAUGAUACAACUACAGGAGUAUCAGCACAUGACAGGGCCACAACGGUAUUGGCUCUUGCAUCAAAAGAAUCAAAGCCUGAGGAUUUCAAUCGCCCUGGCCACAUAUUUCCUUUAAAGUACAGAGAGGGAGGUGUUUUAAAAAGAGCCGGACACACUGAAGCUUCUAUGGACCUUGCCAUGCUAGCUGGAUUGGACCCUGUUGGAGUUCUAUGUGAGGUUGUUGAUGAUGAUGGUUCUAUGGCUAGAUUACCUAAGCUUCGGCAAUUUGUGCAGCAAGAAAACCUCAAGAUUAUAUCUAUUGCUGACUUAAUCAGAUAUAGGAGGAAAAGAGAUAAAUUAGUGGAACACGCAUCUGCUGCUCAGAUACCUACUUUGUGGGGCCCGUUCAAUGCCCAUUGUUACCGGUCAAUUUUAGAUGGAAUUGAGCAUAUUGCCAUGGUUAAGGGCGAUAUUGGUGAUGGACUUGAUGUUCUAGUCAGAGUGCACUCAGAAUGUCUUACUGGGGAUAUAUUUGGAUCAGCUAGGUGUGACUGUGGGAGCCAGCUGGCACUUGCCAUGCAGCAGAUUGAGGCUGCUGGCAGAGGUGUCUUGGUUUACCUCCGGGGGCAUGAGGGAAGGGGAAUUGGUUUGGGCCACAAGCUUCGUGCAUACAACCUGCAAGAUGCUGGGUGUGACACAGUCGAGGCAAAUGAGGAACUUGGUUUGCCUGUUGAUUCAAGAGAGUAUGGGAUUGGUGCACAGAUAUUAGGAGAUCUUGGGGUUAGAACUAUGAAGCUGAUGACAAACAAUCCUGCAAAGUACAGCGGGCUAAAGGGUUAUGGUUUAGCUGUUGCAGGACGGGUUCCCCUUCUGACUCCCAUCACGAAGGAGAACAAAAGAUAUUUAGAGACAAAACGUGCCAAAAUGGGCCACGUAUAUGGCUUUGGAUCCAAUGGCCUUCCGACCCUUAUCAACAGUAAGAACGAGAAAUCAGGUGCAGAAAGUUAA